UCAAUGUUUGGGAGCGCGCGCGGAGGCGGUCCGGUUACCUCAGUUUCUCGCGUCCUCCGUUUUUUUCAGUCGCUUAAGAAAAGAGAGCUAGGAACGAACGAGCGGGUUGGUAAUCUGGAGAUACUUUACAUCGGGGUUCAAAACAUUGAUUUUUUGCAACGACAGCCGCUUUACAGGGCCAGGAUGUCCAGUGAGGUGCAGAGACCAGACGACAGCCCCAGCACAAGCGGGGGCAGCUCGGAUAUCGAGCAGCGCGAGGCUGCUCCUGCGGAGCAGGAGCGAGAACAGACACAGCCCAAGAAGAAGGAGACCAAGAUCUCCAGCAAGACGGCUGCCAAGCUCUCCACCAGCGCCAAGAGGAUUCAAAAGGAAUUAGCUGAAAUCACACUCGACCCCCCGCCGAACUGCAGUGCCGGGCCUAAAGGAGACAACAUCUACGAGUGGAGAUCCACGAUCCUGGGACCCCCAGGGUCUGUGUACGAGGGAGGGGUCUUCUUCCUCGACAUCGCCUUCACGCCCGACUACCCCUUCAAACCACCCAAGGUUACGUUCCGCACAAGAAUCUACCACUGUAACAUCAACAGCCAGGGCGUGAUCUGCCUGGACAUCCUGAAGGACAACUGGAGCCCCGCCCUCACCAUCUCCAAGGUGCUGCUGUCCAUCUGCUCCUUGCUCACAGACUGCAACCCCGCUGACCCUCUGGUAGGGAGCAUCGCCACACAGUACUUGACCAACAGAGCCGAACACGACAGAAUAGCCAAACAGUGGACCAAGCGAUACGCCACAUAGACCCCCCCCCCCUCCACACUCACACAAACUCCACACCCCUCUUCACCCUUUCCCCCACCUUGUCAAAGCACACUCACUAAAGUGCAACCUUUGACCUUUUACCCUCCCUUGUACCUUUUGUUUACCUUUUUUUUGUGAAAAGAAAUGUCUUUCGUUCCUUGUUGACUUGAAAGCUUCUUUUUUAUACAAAGAGUAGAUUGGGAUUUUAUUUUCCAAUGAACUGAAUGUUGGAACUGUCAUAGAAAAAAAUGUUUUAUUAUUAUAAUAACUGUUCCCCCCUCCCCCACUCUGUAAAUGUGCCCCCUCCCCCCUCCCCCAUCCUUUUUAAGUGGUCCCACAAAUGCAGAUUAUAUCUUGUUUCUACUAUACUGUAGUGUUUAGAAGUUUUUUGUACGGAAUUCAUUCAUGGUAUGUGCAUGUUAACAGGAUGGAAAUUGAAGAUUGUAUUAUUUUUUGCAUUCACGUGGCAUCUAAAAAGAAACUGUUCAUGCUCUACCAUUGGAUUUUGUUUGUAUGUAUUAUUUUUUAAAAGAGGCUGUCGAGGCGGACUGCCUGUGAGAAGACGGGACGUGUAAAUUUACGCGCUACAUGCCACCUCUGACAUUCCAGAGUGGCUUGUUGUACACUUUGCAUUAUUAAAGCACCCAAUAAAACACUGGCUGAACUGCA